AUGUCGACAGAUACGACAACAAUAGGAAAUCCUAAUGAAACCACGAAUAUUCGUCGUGUGGAACCACCAGUUAAUGUUUAUGUUCGUAUUCGACCAUUUAUUGGCGAUGAACUUAAUCGUGGGGAAAAUCAAAAUAUGCUUUGCAUUCGUGACGAAAGACGUAUAGCGGUGAAACUUUAUCCAACAGCAACAAAUAAUAUUCGACCAGCACAAACAUCUUACAAUGAAUAUGAGGUAACGAGAAUAUUUGAUCAUAAUUGUACACAACAAGAACUAUUCGAACAAAUUCUUGAACAACCUACUGAUGAAAUAUUUACUGGUUCAAAUUGGCUUUUAUGUACAUUGGGUCUUACAAAUAGUGGUAAAACUCAUACAAUGUUUGGUACACCAAAAGAUCCUGGUCUUAUUCCUCAAUGUUUACAACGUAUAUUUUUACAUGUUGGUUAUAAUAUUGAUACAAAAGUUUUAUAUAAACCUGAUGGUUUAGAAAAUUUAGUACAAACAAAUAUGAAUAAUCUUCAAGAUGAAAUUAAUUAUCGUAAAUAUAUAUUUAAAGAUGACAAAGAUGAUCAUCGUCGAAAUCAUUUACAAAAUAUAAUUCAAGAUCAACAAUCUAUUCUUGAUGAUCAUUCAGUUGAAGAUGAACAUUAUUCAAUAUGGAUAUCAUUUUUUGAAUUAUAUAAUGAAAGUGUUUUUGAUUUACUUGUUAAACCAAGUGCAAUGAAAAAACGUAAACCAUUACGUUUAAUGCAAAAUAGUGAAUCAACUGUUAUAAAAGAUCUUGUACAAAUUCCUGUUUUUGAUUUAAAAGAAGCUGAAGAUACAAUACGAUUUGGUUAUUCAAAUCGUGCAACAUCAAAAACAGAAUUAAAUGAAGCAUCAUCACGUUCACAUGCUGUACUUUGUAUUACAUUAAUUACAUUUGAUGAAUUUGAAGAAGAACCAACAAUGAGUCAUAUGUAUAUAUGUGAUUUGGCUGGAAAUGAACCAUCAACUGGUACAGGAAAACAAUUAGCUGAAACAUGUAAUAUCAAUACAUCGUUAAUGACAUUUAAAGAUUGUAUUCGUGUGUUAAAUGAAAAUCAAACAGCUAAGAAACAAAUGUUAUUACCUUAUCGUAAUAGUGUAUUAACAAGUAUAUUUCGACCUUUUUUUAUUGGUCGUGGACGAACUAUUAUUUGUUGUAAUGUUAAUCCAUGUGCUACAUUUAUUUCACAAACAAAUGAUUUGUUAAAAUUUAGUGCUCUUGCACAAAAAACAGUUAUUGUACCAAUGGAAGCACCACAAAAGAAAGUCGUAGUAGAAUCAAAAAUUAAAGGACCUAAACGAUUAGGACAAGGUGUACGUGGAAUUGGUUUAGGGAAAAAGAAACAUCAAAUGGGUGAUGGUGAUGAAGGUGAAGAUCAAGAUGGUAUAAUGGUGGAUGAAUCAGAUUUACCAAGUGAUAUACAAUCGGUACAUUAUUGGAAAUAUUGUACAAAAAAAGCUAUGGAACUUUUACAAAAACAAGCAUCAAAUCGUCGAUUAUAUCUCAUCGAACGACAUCAAGAACGUACAAAAGCUAUUGAAUAUAUUCUUCAUCAACGAGAACAGAUUGCUGAAUUUAACAAUGAAAAACAAUCGUUCAAUCAACAAAUUGAUUCACUCAAUAAAACAAUUGUUUCCGAACAAGAAAAUUCGAAACUUAUUCAAGCAAAAUCUAAUGAAUAUGAAAAAAAAUAUAAUGAUUUAUAUAAAAAAACUCAACAAACAAAUCAUGAUAAUGAUACAUUACGUUCACGUUUGAAAAAUGUACAACAAAAAUUUGAUUGUUUAAGUACGGAAUAUAAUACAACAAUUGAACAAAAUCGUCAAUAUGAACAAAGUCAAUUUAAUGAAAAAACGUCUUAUAAUGAAGAAAUAAAACGUUUAAAACAUGAUUAUGAACAAGAAAAAGAUGAAAAAAAUCAAAAAGAUAAAGUAAUUGAACAAUUAAAUGAAAAAAUUCGUUUUGAACAAAAUCAAAAUGAAAAAAUUCAACAAGAAUUAAUUCAAUUAAAACAAGAUUUAAAAAAUAUUCAUUCAAAAUAUGAUACAUUACAAGUUGAAUUACUUCAAGUACGUGAAGAAAAAACGAAAGAACCUAUUAUUAUUAUUGAAUCAUCAUCACAUCCACCACCACCGCCACCGACAACAGCAGCAGCAGCAACGGCAACAACAACAGCUGCAGCAGCAGCAACAACGACAACACGAUUACUGCGAUCGAAAAGAAGUGCUCAUGAAGAGGAUGCACAAGAUAACAAGAAACCUAAACAUGGCACACCUGAUCGACCAGCAGGAAAUAGUGGCUUGGCUAGUAAACCUAGUACUAGAAGAAUACCGUCAAAAACUAAUCCGGAUGAUGAACGUAAACCAACACCAUCAACUCUUGUCAAAGAUGCUAAAACUAAGAGUGCAUCAAUUUUAAAAAAACGACCAUUGGUACCAUCAAAUAGUGCAGAUUCUCCAAUGGUAAUAUCUAAAUUAGGUACUGAACCAACAACAUCACCUGUUGAUCUACAACCACCUUCGUUAGUUUCACCAGCAAUUCAAAGUACAAUGAGUCCAAAACCAUCUGCGAUUCAACGUAUUCAAUCAUUUUUUCGACAUACACCACCAUCAAAUCGUAUUAUUAAUCAAUUAAAAACGAAUUCAGCAGGCACGACAUGUGGUCCUUCCUCACCAAUAAAAUUACCAAAUAGUCCUAUUGUAAUGUUACAAAAAUCAACAUUAGCUAUGAGAAAACAAACUCCUAAACGACGAUAUAAAUUACGUAGUCGUGUUAAUUCAAAUCAAUAA